CAGGCGACCGGGGUGAUCGGCUGGUAUCCCCACGGCUGAUACAGCACGACUAGUUAGGAGCCCUCACAACAUAUAUCAGCUGCAGACGGACUACACGAGGGAUGGAUAUCAGCCCAAAGCUAUGAUGAGGACGUUCACUCUUUUUCCACUGGCUCUAAGUGGACUCUUCUCGUCUCUCACCACGGCCCUUCCCUUUCAGAAGAGCGAAACUUCUGUUCUUGGUGUCACAAAUGCACUUCAUCGACUCCCGGUGUCGUAUCCAGCUCCAGAGGCGAAACAAGACCACUCUACCAAGCGACAAAAUGGAGCCGGUGGGUACUGGUAUGAGACUGCGGAGCACGGAAUCUCAGCUUUCGGGGAGCGCGGCUACGCUGUUUUUCGAAAUGUGAAAGAUUACGGAGCCAAAGGAGACGGUGUGACAGACGACACGGAGGCAAUCAAUCGAGCUGUCUCGGAUGGUAAUAGGUGUGGUAAGGAAUGUGGCUCUUCAACUACCUUGCCCGCUGUCGUGUACUUCCCCUCAGGGACGUACCUGGUCUCGAAACCUAUCAUACAGCUCUACAAUACUCAGUUUGUCGGUAAUCCCAAUGGCGUUCCGAUACUCAAAGCGGCGCCUUCUUUCGCUGGAAUUGCUGUUAUCGAUAGCAAUGUGUAUAUUCCAGGAGCGAGUGGGGCUCAGUGGUAUAUCCCACAAAGCAACUUCUACCGCCAGGUCCGUAACUUCGUGAUUGACAUUUCGGGAUGUCCAAACAAGACCCCGGACGGCUUUGCGCCUACGGGUAUUCACUGGCAGGUCGCACAAGCCACCAGCCUGCAAAACAUCAAGUUCAUAAUGAGCCAAGCCUCAGACACCACACAUAUUGGAAUCUUCAUGGAAAAUGGGUCGGGCGGGUUCCUUGGAGACUUGGAAUUUGAAGGAGGCGCACUUGGGAUGAGAUGUGGAAGUCAGCAGUUCACUUCCCGUAACCUCAGAUUCCGCUUCUGCAAAACCGCGAUUGAAAUGAUAUGGGAUUGGGGUUGGACUUGGAAGGGUAUCAAUAUUUUCCAUGCAAUGAUCGGAAUAAACGUCACAGCCUUGACUAGCUCCACUGCGUUGCACAGGCAAGGCGUAGCAGCCAUUGCUUUGCUAGAUUCAGAGAUGACAAACGUACCUAUCGGUAUUCUCACAGCGGGCACAACCAAUACGAUGCUGGAAAAUGUCCGCUUGAACAAUGUGCCUAUAGCGGUCGGGUAUUCUGGAGGUCCUACUGUCCUUCAAGGCGGCGACAUUCUCAUCGACAAUUACGGAGCCGGCAAUAACUUUGUCCAGAGAGGAAAAGAGCUUCGAGCGGAAGUGCUGAACGGGCCAUACAACCCAUCCGCAAAGUCUGCCGCAUCUCCUUCUCUGAGGGACAGCUCCGGUUGGUUUGCGAAGUCCAAGCCUCAGUACGAAGGGCUGGGCAGCGGAUCAUUUCUGAACGUCAAGUCUCGUGGAGCUCGAGGAGAUGGUGUCAGCGACGAUACUGCCGCCAUCAAAAAUGCAGUUCAGUCCGCAGCAGGAAGGGUCAUUUACUUUCCCCACGGCACUUACAUUGUCCUGGACACUAUCACCAUCCCGCCAGGAACAAGGAUCGUGGGUGAAGCAUGGAGUGAGAUCAUGGGAGCAGGCGACGCCUUCUCGGAUAUCAUGAAGCCCAAAGUCAUGAUUAAGGUGGGAGAGCCUGGCCAAACAGGAGUUGUGGAGAUCUCCGACAUGCUCUUCACUGUCAAAGGAGCGACAGCAGGUGCAGUUCUCAUGGAAUGGAAUAUUGCAGAGUCGAGCCAAGGAUCCGCGGCCAUGUGGGAUGCACAUUUCCGCGUCGGAGGCGCUGCUGGAUCGGAAUUGCAGUAUGCAAACUGCCCCAGAGAAGACACGACGGUCAACCCAGACUGCAUUUCGGCAGCAACGCUCAUGCAUAUCACGUCUUCCGCGAGCGGAUACUUCGAAAAUGUCUGGGUAUGGGUCGCCGACCACGAUCUGGAUAUUCCUACCCAGAACCAAGUCAAUAUCUAUGCGGCACGUUGCCUUCUCGUCGAAUCGACCAAGCCUGUGUGGUUUUGGGGUGUCGCAUCGGAACACUGCACCUUGUAUCAGUACCAGUUCUACAAGUCACGCAACAUCUUCGCCGCAACCCUGCAAACCGAAACUCCUUACUACCAGCCAAUACCGAAGGCUCCCUCUCCAUUCGCUGUGGCUUAUAAGAGGACGUCGGAUCCCAGCUUUUCCUACUGUAGCUCUGAUUCAAGGACAUGCCAGUACGCAUGGGGAUUGGAAGUGAUUGGUAGUCGUGACAUUAUGAUCUAUGGCGGUGGUUUUUACAGCUGGUUCCAAUGGUACAACCAAGCCUGUUUGAACGGAGAAGUCUGCCAGGAGCGCGUUGUCCGCGUUUUCGACAGCACCAACAUCUUCAUUGCCAACCUGUACACCAAAGGAGUAUCUUCCAUGAUUCAAGGAGCUCAGAGCACUGAUAUCUGGGCAACCGACAAUAUGGACGGCUUCCUCGGCACCAUUGUCGGCUGGUCCGGCUUCGACCUGCCCGGUGAACUGGACCCACCCUCCAAUGUCGUUCCUCUGCCAGACUGGAUCUGGGAGGUUCCCAACCCGACAGUCUACUGUAGCAUUCCAUGCAUAUUGGCGCCUCCCCCAACGCCUAUCCUUCCAAUCCAACCGCCACCGUUCACAACCACUAUCUCCGGAAAACCCGUGACAGUGACCCCGCCAGCAAUAACUCGCCCAGCACUCGAGGUCCAAACGAUCCUUGUCGACGAACCGGAGCGAGAUACCGUCACUCCCGUCAUCGUACCGAACCCUAUGGUUACAAUUCCCCCCGUUCCGCCUCCUACCAAUCCAAACAACGAUCCGGGAGGAGAUCUACCAAUCUUACCGCCCCCAAUUCCAAUGCCUCUACCGCCGCCCCCCGUGUGUUUCCAAUUCUGCGGGCCGCCUUUUCCACCGAUUCUACCUCCGAUCGUUGUCAUACAGGGACCACCCCUUCCAGUGACGAUUCCUCCACCUGUGGUCGUCGGCGAGGAUGAGGACGAGGAGGAUAACGACGAAGAACGAACAUGCAUCGCAACCUGGCCCCAAGAUAUCGGCUCUUCUUGGCCCGAUCGUGACGACGUUCCCGAAUGGGGUCAGUCACCGGACAACAGUGGCGAUAAGUGCGAAUGGCAGGGCUCAACCGUUCGUCUUCGAGAUACGCGCGUGGUAGCCGUAUCCCGAUCCGAAUUCCGAGUGAAUGCGUUCGAGAUAAUGGGGAUGGGCCCAAACUUCGGCAGAUCGAUGAGUGGCGCCAGCAUGCAAGUCUAUGCGCCGGGUGUUGUGUCCUGGUCGACGUCAAACACGCCUCCCAGUCCAGGUUCGACGUCAAAUAAGCCCUGGAUCACGCUCGAUGUUCCCAGGUCUCCGCUUGCACGUCAUACUGGCGAGGAAAUCGUAGUCACCGGCCGCCUCAGCCAACCGGCCUCCUCUGUCCAGAUCGAAAUCACCUUCGAAGCGUCCCGCAGCUGCGGCGGCCGCGGCAUUCCAGACCCUGAAUCUGGCGGCAACGACGGUGGUUCCGUACUCCUCCCCGAAUACCCCCCACUGCGCGACGGCACCAUCCAGUGCAGCGACACGCGCGACGACGGCGCCGGCUUCGUCAACUCGCGCAACUGUGUCUGGCCUGUUGGCUCCAUUACCGUCCAGGGGGAACUACUUACAAAUGACUUGAUAAUCUCAUCACAACCCGUCGGCGACAAUUGCAUCCGCUCGGGCCAGUCUCGCAACGCUGACGGCGUCAUCACGAGUAACUGGUGCGUGGUUUAUCAGAAUCAGGGUUGUGCUUUUGUCAUAGCGGACAAGUAUCAGGAUUUCGGGUCUUGCUUCCCUGGGUGGAGUAUUAUAGGUGGUUCAAUAUUCUCGCAGAUGAGUAGGUUGGGCGGCAACCAAUGUUCGGGAACGAAGAGGACGGCUAUGGCGGCGGGACCGUUCCAGCCGUGUAAUUUCCCCGCGCAGACUUUGUGCUUGACGCAUCCUGCUCACCCGGAGGUCUGUGGUGUGCCAUGAGUUGGGGGUAAGGAGGAGGGGAUUUUCGACUCUUAAACGUGCUGGUCGACUCGGAGGGUAUACGAGACGUCGACGCGGCCUACUGUAUUAGUUUCCUAUGUUUCAAAUCUAUUCGUGGGGAUCAAGGAUUCUAGAC